AUGUCGGGUGGCCUAAUUUCAGAACCCUUAUGUCCACGAUCAAUUUUUUGGUCAAACCUUGUACUGUUGGACUUCGAUCCUUCAGAGCUUGCUGUUGGUGCAUACUCAACUAUCGAUUUUGAUAAGGACGUGUUUGCGAAAGGCUACUCGAAUUCUGUAAAAGCUAUGGAGUUAAUAGUUUAUUUUUUAUUCAGGAAAUUGGACGAAGCGCAGGCAAAGGAGAAAUUUACGUGUUGGCCUUGCCUUGAUCUAACCUCGAGUAAAAUAUUUCGAAAUGUGGCUUACACUUGGUUGGAAAAUUUAAAAAAGGAGGGUUUCCUCGGAAACAAAGAUAUUAUUCUGCGACGUAGUGCGUUUGAUGAAUGUCAAGGUGACCGGUUUGAACGCGUAAUUAUGGUAUUCUCGAAUUACGUCUUAAAAGUGGUGUUGGAGAGAGAUUACCAGCAGUAUAGUGGAGAAUCGGCGCCAGAAUUACUAAGAACCAUUCUAAAGAUACACAUAAAGAUGCAAGCAGAUAAAUUUUUGAAGGAGACAAAAGAGAGGGUAGCAUGUCAAGACCGUUGGAGAUUCAUGGCAGAAGAAUUAUCUCGACGUCUAUUGGAUGUUACCAAAAGAAAUAAUGAUUUAGAAAGUCAGAUAUACGAUUUUCGUAAGUCCAAGAACCCAUCGGAAAUGAUUAUUAAUAAUUCCAUUGAAAAACUUUCUUCCAUGAGAAUUCAACAUCUUGAAGGCGUUCGUUUAAUUUGGAAUUCAUGCUUAGGCUGGAUACAGGAAAAUAAAAAAUAUAUAGAUAUCGUUGAGGACGUAAUGAACGAUCGUGCAAACAAACGACUGCUCGAUGGACAAUCAAUUUCUAUACAUGUUCCUGAUAUCAUGAUGACCAUGUGGGAAAAACAAAUUCAAAAGGCUCAGAUAGUGCCUUUCUCAAACGGUCGAUUGAAUCUAAUAUCUUUAUUGAAACUAUGGAGGUUCACAUUAAAAACUUUGAAUAAACAGUUAAUAAAUCCUAUCUUUAGCCAUCGUACUCAAGAAUCAAGGUUUGGGACUAAUAGCAAAGAUUGGACUAUCAAAGAUGAACUUCCUUCAACCUGCAAAAAACUUGAAGAAUGUUUUGUUGGUCAAAAAGAACAACUUAGAAGCUUAUCUUCUCUCAAGAAUUCUCUGUGUUUGCGUUUGAGUGAAAUAAACGGGUCUAUUCGAAUGUUACGAGAUGAGCGAAGGACAAUACCUACAACUUUUAGUAACAAUCUUCCGGAGAGGCAAGCACGAGUCACGUUUAAAGUGCCAUCUUUUUGUUUCGAUGAAACUAUUUUGAUGGAUCAAUCUGAUGAUAUAAAAUCAUUAAUUGAAUUAAAAUUAAGAUAUGUUAAAGAAGAUGACGGCCCUUCAACACCAUCACCCGUCAGGUCAAAAGACACUGAUUUGGAUAACGAACGUAUGACUUAUAUCAUACGUACUCCACUUUAUGUCUCGGAAGAACAAGCAUUCAUGCCAAUGAAGGAAAUUAAAAGGACACCACAAGGUUCCUCUCCCUCACCAGGGCGAUCGGCCUUGAAAUCGAAGGCAGUUGCACGAACUUCGAUCGGUCGCGCUGUGAGAUUCGCAGAAGAAAUUGAAAAAACUCCAACAAAGAUGAUGGACGUGACUCCAAUAAUGGAUGAGACACCACCUAGGUUGAUAAGCGAAGUGGAAUACUAA